AUGUCGAUGCAGUCGGUACCCAUCAUCGAUGUACACAACUUAAUCGUUGGAGAGAUUGUGCAUUCUGAACUGGAGAGGCAUCACUCAGCUUGUAGAGAAUGGAGUUUUUUCCAGGUUAUAAACCAUGGGGUGAGUGCUUCACUGUUAGAGGACUUGAAGAGAGAGAUUGUUAAUUUCUUCCAACAACCUUUGGAAGAAAAAACAAAGCUAUGGCAACAACCCGACAACCAUGAAGGGUUUGGCCAGCUCUAUGUUGUAUCAGCGCAGCAGAAGCUUGAUUGGUCAGACAUGUUCUACAUAACCACCCUUCCGCCCACUCUAAGGAAGACCCAAUUGUUUGAAAAUUUACCUCCAAAGCUCAGGUCUCUCUCUCUCUCUCUCUCUCUCUCUCUCUCUGAGAGACACUUGAUGGACAUUCUGCCAAUAAUGUGGGUGUGUUUGUAG